AUGAGGGUGCAGAAUAAUCCAGAGAAAAUGCUCGAUGAUGCAUCACACCAUGAAGAUGUGCCUCAGGGCACAACUACUGAUGUCCACCGACAGAAGACCACUCUUUAUAUGCUUGUCUUUUCUUUUUGGGUCGGCACAUUUGGAUGGCUGGCCAACUUCGAUGCCGCCUUUGGCGGUAUCGUCCUCAUCAUGGAUUCCUACAAAAGAGCUUUUGGAACCUGCGUAGGAGAUGUAUGCUCUCUGACACCGCUCCAGCAAUCUCUCGUCCAGCUUACCAUUCUAUUCGUGUCUGGGGGUGGCGCUCUAAGUGCGAUAGUCGGAGAUCGCUUCGGAAGGAGAGGUACGCUUCAAGUCGCUUGUCUUAUCAUUGCGGUUAGUGCUGGAGGUAUGAUGGGAACAGCUGGAAGCUUCACCAACUACAUGGUCUGCAAAUGCAUUGGAGGACUAGGCAUUGGCAUGAUAUACUCAGCGGCGCCUACCUGGGGCUCGGAGUCGGUUAACCCAGGAAAAAGAGGGUUUCUGAUGAGCUUCUAUAAUGUUGGGCUUGCCCUCGGAAAUGUUGUUGCUGGUGCGGUUUGUCUUGGUUCUUCCAGCUUUUCAACGGACUGGGCGUGGCGCACACCUAUCUUUUGCCAAAUACCGGCGGCUAUCAUCCUUGGACUUCUGACCUUAUGCUUUCACGAAUCCCCUCGAUGGCUUUUGACAAAGGGCAAAACCGAUGCCGCGCGAAGGUCAUUUGCAAAAUUCAAUAAAAAGGAGCUCGAGUCGCCGGUGAUCACGGCUCUGAUCGAAGAAGUGAACCGGCACAUUGAACUCGAGCGUGCGCUUAGGCAAAGUUCAACUUGGACCGGUAUAUUCCGCGGGAAUGAUGGGAAAAGAACACAUAUUGCAGUGUUGGCACUUCUUGGCAAUGCCAUAACUGGUGUUCAAUUUGUUAUUCCCUAUACCGCACUGUUCUUGGCGCAGAUUGGAUUGACUCAGCCAUUUGCAUUGAACGUGGCUAUCAGCGCAUCCGUUCUUAUUGGCACAGUCCCUGGCCCGUUUCUCUGCGAAUGGGUAGGUAGGCGCCGCAGCUUGCUUGCAGGUUACUCGGCUAUGGGAGCAAGCAUGCUCAUAUUCGCGGCGACUGCCACUGGUUUAGGCCAGUCAUCUCAUACCGCACAAUCGGUCCUGGUGGCUUUUCUAUGUUUUUGGGCAUUUGUUUUUGGUGCUACCAGUGGGCCGAUCGCCUGGGUUGCCUCUGCUGAAAUGCACUCUCUCCGUAUGAGGACUUUCGGCCAGUCGUAUGCUGUAUCGGUCUACGGUUUGUUCAGUUUUGGCGCAGCAUUCUGGACUCCUUAUAUGCUAAAUGCUGAAUACGGAAACAUGGGCACCAAUGUCGGGUACUUCUACUUCGCCAUUACGGUUGUGGUCAUCAUUCUGACUUUCCUGAUUAUUCCUGAGACGGGAAGGCUGAGCUUGGAGCAGAUCGAUGAGCAUUUUGAAAGCGGGAGGCCUGCGUGGAAAACAAGCCUCAUGCUGAACAAGCGAAUUGCAUCUGGCAAGAAUUAA